AUGCUUCCCGCCAAAUUGUUGAGCCGCGAAGAAGCCUUAGCUCUCGCCAGAUCUUGCAAAUCUCUGGAAGAAGCACGGGGAAUUCACGCUCGAUGUCACCAUCUCCUCCUCCACGAUGUCUUCGUCUCCAACAAGAUGAUCGAGAUGUACAGCCGCUGCGGCAGCGUGGAGGAUUCCAAGCGAGUUUUCGACUCGAUCCUGGACAGGGAUUCUUUCUCCUGGGCUGUGAUGAUCACUGCCUACUCGAGGAACGGCGGUUCUGGCCUCGCUGACGCGGAGCUCCUGUUCGAUCGGAUCCCACGCAAGGAUUUGAUCGCCUGGAACGCGAUUCUUGCCGCAUAUGUCAAGAACAAAAGAUUGGAGGAUGCGAGUUGCGUGUUCGAUUUCAUGCCCCAAAGAGACACCACGUCUUGGAACCUGGUGAUCACUGCCAGUGCCAAAUCAGGGCAAAUCGAUCGAGCCAAAGCACUCUUUGAUUCAAUGCCGGAAACAAAUCUUCUUUCUUGGACCAUAGUAAUUAAAUAUUUUGCUCUUUCGAGUGAAAUUGUCCAAGCUAGAGAAAUGUUUGAUCGAAUGCCUGCGCAUGAUUUAGUGGUGUGGAACAUUUUGAUUUUCGCAUAUGCCCAAGGCGGGCAAAUUGAUACCGCAAAGGUUCUCUUUGAUUCCGCGCCCCGGCAAGAUGUGGUCUCAGUGACUGCAAUGUGCGAGGCAUAUUCCGAGGCGGGUGAAUUUGAGAAACUUACUGAGCUGGUUUUACAGGCCCCUGGCGUAGACAUUGUUUUACAGACCAUGGUUCUCGUGGCAUUUACCCGCGCCGGGUUAAUGCGAGCUGCUAAAGAUACCUUCGAAUCCAUGCCAGAGAUAGACUUGGUUUGCUGCAAUGCGAUUGUUUCAUCGUUUUGUAUGAAUGGGUAUUUGCAAGAAGCGAAGCGAUUUCUAGAAAAGUUGCCUUGCCAAAGCCUUGAUCUUCUCAAUUCUUUGCUGUCUGGAUAUGCCCGAGAAAGGAAUAUUGAAAAUGCCCUUUGUUUGUUCAAGAAUAUGCCACAACAUGACCCUUGUGCUUGCACGACAGUGAUAGUAAUGCUAAUUCACGAAGGAAAACUCACAGAAGCACAGUCUGUAUUCUAUAAAAUGCCUCAUAAGGAUUUGAUCUCUCUGAACACCAUAUUGCAUGCAUACGCUUCUAACGGGUAUUUGUACGAGGCCGUAUCUUUGUUUGAGCAAGAAAUGCCGGUUCACGACAGAGUGAGCGUGACUGCUAUGAUUUCUGCAUUUGGCCAAGAGGGCGAAACUUCGAAAGCUAAAGAGAUUUUCGAUCGAAUUCCACAAACUGAUCUUGUUUCGUGGACGUCUUUGCUUUCAUGCUACGUGCAAAACGGAUGUUUGGAGAGUGCGAGGCAGAUAUUUGAGAGCAUGACACAGAGAAACAUUCUCUCCUGGAACACAAUGCUUUGUGGUUAUGCCCAAUCUGGUCAUUUGGAGGAAGCCAAGAACAUGUUUAUGAAUAUGCCUCAAAGAGAUGUCGUUACAUGGACAGCAUUCUUGACUGUGUUUUGCAAUGCCGGAGACAUUGACUCUGCCUUUGAAAUAUUUCUGAGAAUCCCCCAAAAGGAUUCUGUUUGCUGGAAUGCAAUGCUUACCACAUAUGCCCGAAACGGGCAUCUAGAGGGAUCAAAGAGACACUUUGAUACCAUGCCCAAGCACAACUUAGCUUCUUGGAGUGCAUUGCUAGAUGCCCACAACCACAACCACACUCCAGAAUCCAGAGCUGGAGCUUUCGACACCUUCAAUCAAAUGGAGCUAUUUUUCUUGCCAGACGAGAGGUGCUGCGUCUCGGUUCUCAUUGCCUGCAGCCAGACAGGAAGGGUUUUUGCGGCAAGGUCGUGUUUCCAUUCCCUCAUCUACGAUUUAACUCUAGAACCCAACAGGCAGCACUUCUGCUGCAUGAUAGACGCUCUAGGAAGAUCUGGCUAUGUGGGCUGUGCCAAGGAGCUCCUCUUGAGCAUGCCCUAUGUGCCCAAAGCACUAGAGUGGACAUGCUUCCUGGGAUCUUGCCAGAUGAGCCGCAAUUUCCAUGGAUUUGGAUCUUGGGCAGCAGGGUUGGUGCUAGAGAAGAACACCCAAAAUGCCGCAGCCUAUGUUCUUCUGGGAAACAUCAAGAGUUACUGA